CGAAAAUUUCGUUGCUGCUGACUCAUCAAUUACACAUACAUAUUGUCAAGAAUACAACCCUAACUUCAGGGUGAGCAAGAGCCAAACAAGACGCAAAAGAAGCGAGAUGCUGCAGGAGACAGAUCAGGAGGAUAGCAGCCAUGUUGCUGCGCCACAGGGCGACGAUGUGCUCAACGUCAAGAUCGCAGAUGCACUCAACGAGCAGAACAAAGUCAAGUUCUACGUCCACACAACGACGACCCUGCCGCGGUUCCAGAAGAAGGACAUCCAAGUCGUUCGCGAACACGCCGAGUUUGUGUGGCUGCACGAUCGCUUUGUCGAGUCUCCAACCUACGCUGGGCUGCUGAUUCCACCGUGUCCUCCAAAGCCAGACUUCCAGCAGUCGCAGCAGAAGCUGGCCAAGCUGCAGGCGCACGACUCAAACAUGACGCCCGAAGAAGUCGAGAAGCUCAAGCAGGAGAUCCAGAGCGAGUAUCUGGCGGCCUUCCAGAAGACGGUGGCCAUGCACGAGGUGUUUCUCAAGCGCCUCGUAUCCCACCCCAAGUUCAGGGACGACCACACCCUCCAAGUCUUCCUCGAGUACGAGCAGGACCUGGACUGCAAGCUCAAGUCGACGCGCGAGAAAGCGCUUGAUUUCCUGCGCAGCAAAGCAAAGACAUUUGACUCGUCCUUUUCCUCCUUCAAGGAUGCCGACGAGUUUUUUGACGAUCAGCGCUCCUUCAUCACCCGCUAUCUUCUCGCGAUAAAGGAGGCUCGCAGCAAGGCUGCGCAGAAGACGGAGAAGAGGAUGCAGCUCUCUGUGUCGUUCAACCGCGCAGGCACAGAGCUUGUGCACUACGGAAACCUCUACGACACAGACCACCCCGUUGGCGAACUGAUUCGCCUUGUGGGCAACGUGCUGCGCAAGUGCCAGACGAUUGAGAAGCGCCUCGCCACCAAGGAGGACCUCAAACUCACUGAUUUGCUGCGCUACUACGAAGCGGACGCCAACGCCGCCAAGGACCUCAUGGUCCGGCGUAUCAAGUGUCUGCAAGACAAGGAGCGUGCGGACAAGGCGCUUGUCAAGGCGCAGCAGACACAGAAGAAGGUGGACGAGUGUCAGCAGGCGGCAACAGAGGCCGAGGAGCGCUCCAUCAGCAUCACAGACACCGCCCGUGACGAGCUGGGUGCGUUCCAGCGCCGGCGGGUGGCCGCGUUCCGCAAGGGCAUCAUGCAGUACACCCAAUAUCAGAUCCGCCAGGCACGCGAGAAGCAGCAUGUCUGGCGCCAAGUCAUUGACGCGUUAGAACAGUGACCAUACACACACGCACACGCGCGCGCGCACACAUGCUUGACUGUUGUUAUGCGCUCUCCCUCCCCCUCCUGUCUUCCACCUAUCCUCCCGACCACUCCGUUCGUUCCCCGCACACAUGUCUUGCCUUGCCUUGCUUGUGUUCACACGUGACGACAUGACACACGAUUGAACUGUUUGCGUUUCCAUUGUCAGUCCUCCCAAGCACGA